UCCGGCUCACACACUUUACUCGACUUCGCAGGAGUUGGAGGAGCCAGCGAUUCACAAUACCACGACACCGGUGAAAGAAACACUUUAACUCGUUUACGAGGGGAUCUGUGUUGCCUGAAGGAUUUCACCGAAAGAUGUGUUGUGCGCCUCGACGCUCAGAAAAAGUUAUAAUACUGGAAGACGUGUAUUUCGGAAGAAAGUUGAGAAGUACUUUCCCCUGAAGUUGUUUUCUCACCAUCGCCGCAAAACGGCGAGUUUCCAGCCAGGACUUCCACUUCUCAGCCCACCCGAGCCAUCAUGGCGAGGCGGCUUGUGGAUAGACCCCGGCUUGUAAGCUUUACCACUUGCACGUAUUUUCGGAAUAAUCAAUUUGGACUACAUCGGGACUUCAUGGCUAUUUGGUGGAGCGUUGUCGCAAUUCUUGCAGUUAUCUGCUGUGGAUAUUGUAAAGCCGAGACGGAGUUUUCUAUCAUUGAAGAAGCACAAGUUUUAGCGGAUCAAAUGAAAAAGCUGUCCUCGCAAGAGCUUGGAGUUUUUACCAUGCAGAGGAUUUUCAGCUCCUUUGUGUACACCGAGAAGACAUCAAAUGGAGAGACAGAAGUGCAGCAGCUCGCCAAGAAGAUCCGGGAGAAAUUCAACCGCUACUUGGACGUAGUGAACAGGAACAAGCAGGUGGUGGAGGCGUCGUACACGGCCCACCUCACCUCCCCGCUCACCGCCAUCCAGGAUUGCUGCUCCAUCCCAGCCUCCAUGAUGGACUUUGAUGGCAACUUCAACACAAACGUCUCUAAGACCAUCUGCUGUGACCGGCUAUCUCCUACCGUCAACAGCAGAGCCUUCAACCCUGGCCGAGAUCUCAACUCAGUAUUGGCAGAUAACCUCAAGUCCAACCCGGGGAUAAAGUGGCAGUACUUCAGCUCAGAGGAAGGAAUCUUCACCGUCUUUCCGGCUCACAAGUUCCAAUGCAAAGGAAGCUAUGAGCAUCGCAGCAGGCCGGUGUAUGUGUCGGCCGUCCGUCCGCAGUCAAAGCACCUUGUGAUCAUGGUGGACCACGGGGCGUUGGUCACUGACACACAGCUGCAGAUUGCCAGGGACUCAGCGCUGGUCAUCCUCAACGCUGUGGAUGAGCACGACAAGGUCUCGGUCCUCUCCGUGGCGGACGGCGUGCGCUCCUGCUCCCUGGACCAGUGCUACAGGAGCCUGCUGUCGCCGGCCACCAGCGAGACCAAGCGGAAGAUGAGCACCUUCAUCUCAAACAUCAAGGCGUCGGAGGGCGCCACGCAGCACGCGGCAGGCUUCCAGAAGGCCUUCCAGCUCCUCCGCAAUACCACCACCACGCUGGGCAGACACGCCCCCAGUAAGACCAGCCGCCACUGGGGGACGGAGGAUGGGUUUGCCGGGCGAUGGGCCACGGACAUGGUCAUCCUCUACCUGUCCUCGGGUGUCACCACGCGGGAGACCUCUGAGCAGGAGAAGCGUGCUACGCUCAGCGUGGUCCGUGAGGAGAACCGAUACCUCAACAACUCUGUCAUGAUCCUCACCUACGCCCUCAUGAACGAGGGUGUGACAGAGCUGAAGGAGCUGGCCUUCCUCAGGGACUUGGCAGAGCAGAACUCCAUCAAAUACGGCGUGGACCGCGGGGUGGAUCGAGAACGCGACCGGGACCGCGACCGGGACCGCUCCUCCUCCUCGGCGCUGCCGGUGAUGAAGGGCAGCAUGAUGGUCCUGAAUCAGCUUAGCAACCUGGAGACUUCCGUGGGCCGUUUCUACAUCAACCUGCCGAACCGCAUGAUAGACCUGGCCCGCUUCAGCCUGCCCUACGCUGACCCCAUGGGAGACGGGUUCAUCAUGACCGUGAGCCGUCCGUGCUACUUUGGUAACCUGCUUCUAGGUGUGGUGGGGGUUGACGUAAACCUAGCCUACAUCCUGGAGGACGUCACCUACUACCAGGACUCCCUGGCCUCCUACACCUUCCUCAUCGACGACAAAGGCUACACCCUGAUGCACCCGUCCCUGGCGCGCCCCUACCUGAUGUCUGAGCCUCCGCUGCACACAGACAUCAUCCACUAUGAGAAUAUCCCGGGCUUCCACGCUGUGCGGCAAAACAUCCUCAGCUUGCCUCUGGGUAGUCAGGUGAUCGCAGUGCCAGUCAAUUCCUCGCUGUCCUGGCACACCAGCCGGCUCCGGAACCCCAGGAAGGAGGCCUACAACGUCAGCUACGCAUGGAAAUUGGUGCAGGACACAUCGUUCAUCCUGUGCAUCGUGUACGUUCAGCCAGAGAUCCCCGUCAAGCAGCUGAAGAACCUGAACACGGCCCCCAGCUCCAAGCUGCUCUACCACCGGCUCGACCUGCUGGGCCAGCCCAGCUCCUGCCUGCACUUCAGACAGCUGGCCACCGUUGAGUCUCCUACUGUGAUGCUGGCGGCAGGCAGCUUUUCGUCCCCAUACGAGCACCUGAGUCAGCCGGAGACCAAGCGCAUGGUGGAGCACUACACGGCCUACCUGAGUGACAACACCCGCCUCAUAGCGAACCCGGGCCUCAAGUCAUCUGUCAGGAACGAGGUGAUGGCGACCAGUCACGUUACCGACGAGUGGAUGACGCUAAUGGAGAUGAGCAGCCUCAACUGCUACAUUGUGAGGCGUUACAUAGCAACACCCAACGGUGUGCUGCGGAUUUUCCCUGGGUCCCUGAUGGACAAAGCCUUCGACCCCGCUCGGCGACAAUGGUACCAGCACGCCGUGGCCAACCCAGGCCUGAUCACCUUCACUGGGCCCUACCUGGAUGUGGGCGGAGCCGGCUACGUGGUCACCAUCAGUCACACCAUACACACCUCCAGCUCCAACAUGGCGUCUGGCUACGCGGUGGCGGUGAUGGGCAUAGACUUCACCCUGCGCUACUUCUACAAGGUCCUGCUGGACCUGCUGCCCAUCUGCAACCAGGACAACGGAAACAAGAUCAGGUGCUUCAUCAUGGAGGAUCGCGGAUACCUGGUGGCCCACCCCACCCUUAUUGACCCUAAAGGUCAUGCUCCGGCCGAGCAACAGCACAUCACUCACAAGGAGCCGCUGGUGGCUAAUGACAUCCUCAACCAUCCCAACUUCGUCAAGAAAAACCUGUGUAACAGCUUCAGCGACCGCACCGUGCAGCGCUUCUACAAGUUCAACACCAGCAUUGUGGGUGACUUGACCAACUUGGUCCACGGCAGCCAUUGUUCAAAGUACCGGCUGACCAGAAUCCCCGGCACCAACGCCUUUGCCGGCAUCGUCAACGAGACGUGUGACUCGCUGGCCUUCUGCGCCUGCAGCACGGUGGACCGGCUCUGUCUCAACUGCCACAGGAUGGAGCAGAAUGAAUGUGAGUGUCCAUGUGAAUGCCCCCUGGAGGUCAACGAGUGUACCGGCAACCUCACCUUUGCUGAAAACAGGAACCCCAGCUGUGAGCUGACACAGGAGCCCCUCAGCAUGAGUGUGAUCGACCCCGGUCUCCAUGACAGCCUCCCCCAGUGCAUUAACACCCGCUGUGGCCAGAGAUACACUAGCAGCGAUUGUUUCGGAGUGUUGGACUGCGAGUGGUGCACGGUGGAUAGCGACGGAAAGACUCACCUGGACAAGCCCUACUGCGCCCUGCAGAAGGAGUGCUUCGGGGGCAUCGUCGGGGCCAAGAGUCCCUACGUGGACAGCCUGGGGCUCAUGGACGAGGAGGUGAGCUCUCUGAACAUGAUAAAGAGUGCCCCGGUGGGGCCGGUGGCAGGCGGUAUCAUGGGCUGCAUCAUGGUGCUGGUCCUGGCCGUCUAUGGCUACCGCCAUCAGAUCCAUCGGCGGUCCCACCAGCAUAUGUCGCCGCUUGCCGCCCAAGAAAUGUCUGUGAGAAUGUCCAACCUAGACAACGAGAGAGAUGAGCGCGACGAGGACAGCCAUGAAGAUCGAGGAAUCAUCAGCAACACGCGGUUCAUGGCGGCGGUCAUCGAGAGACACACACACAGCCCGGAGCGCAGGCGGAGGUACUGGGGCCGCUCCGGGACGGAGAGUGACCAUGGUUACAGCACCAUGAGCCCCCAGGAGGACAGCGAGAACCCGCCUGGCAACAACGAUCCGCUGUCUGCCGGCGUGGACGUGGGUAACCACGACGACGACAUGGACCUGGACACACCCCCGCAGACGGCGGCGCUGCUCAGCCACAAGUUCCACCCGUACCGCCACUCACACACGCACCACCACCCGCUCCACACGCACACACAUCACAUGCAGGCAGCCGUCACAGUGCACAGCGUGGACGCUGAGUGCUGAUCCACCCCUCCUCGCUCCGAGACAAACGGCUGAAACAUAAUUUUUUUUUUUUGAUCAAAGACUUGCGUCCGCUCGUGACUAGAUAGCACACAGUGCGCACAAGGAUAACGACACGUUGGAUCAGAAGAUGACCUGAGACAAUGGGGCAUACGUUGAAGCGGGAAAAUUAAACCCUGCAACUUGCGGACUGUUGAGACUGUUGAGAGACACAUUGAUUCCAAGUUCAACUGAGCCGGGGUCAUUUUGUUUCUUCUUCUUAGUGAAUUUUUUCCCCCAUCAGAGUUCAUUAAAGAUCGGGCCGGACAAUGGAGUUCCACAUGAGUGUCUAUGGCUGGGGUUGCCUCAAAUGACAGCUGGAGCUUGACAUGGAUAAGGUUGAAAUGGUUAAUGGCGGUAUUACACUGGGUCAUGGUGAAAGUUAAACAGGAUCGAGCAAAGUUAUUGGCCUGAGAAGGACCAGCGACACAUGACCAUAAUGUUACUUACCAGUAUUGAUAAGAUUCACAUCUCUGCAUUUCGCUCUGUGAGCAGUUUCAAACCACAAACCCCCUUUUAGAGGGAGAUUUUUUUAAUGUAACAUUUCCCACCCGAGCCUGGAAAACGGCUGUCUGUUUAUGGAUGUACCAGUAAAGUAUCUAGCUUGACUACAUAACAUUUGACAUACAAACCUUGACAGAACAGAAAAAAUAUUUUUUUACUAGUAUUUAUUGAAGAGGUGGGUUGUGCGUGGAACCAACGAGUGGUUGCCACGGUGACCCAGGUCUUUGCUCAUGGGCUGAUAACCCUCCCUCAACAUGCACAGACUCUUGGUCCUUGUAUUCCAUGUUCCAGUGGAUAACCCUACGGCCCAACCAAACGGGUAAUCCGCUCUACGGUCCGGACCUGGGAACUCUUUGACGACAAGAAUGACGGAGUGCUGUGGGAAAGUUCUUCCAAGACUGGAACCACUCUGUCCUUUAUUUUGACCUAAUUACAAAGAAAAUCUUAAAGUCAAAAAAUGAUGAGGAAGAGCCUGUCUCGGCAGAGGCCCACGUUACAAAAGCCUGUGUAUUUCGGGGACACUGAAUAUGGAUUCAAACCAGUUACAUUCCAAUUGGGAUAUAAGAUGGAGACUCUGAGCUGAGGGAGAGAAAGAUAGAGGUGUUGCUGUAAAGUGGCUUCACCAAGCUAUAGGUUUCCUCAGUGGUUAACCACUUUAAAUGUAUUUUCUACCCUUUUGCGCACGUGUGUGUGUGUGCGUGCGUGCGUGCGUGUCCAGAGGAUUUUUAUCAAAUUGUUUAAAAGGUAGCAUUAGAGAAUGGACUUAGUCAUUUCACAAUCCAUUUAUGUUUUUUCUUUGAUAUCAUCUGUUCAUGAGGUACACAGCAUCUCAAGUCAUGGCAAAGUAAUAUCGGGGUUUUGAAGAUUCCAGAAAUUCACUAGGAAAUGUGAAUACAGAAUCAAAGAUGGUUGUCACAUGACCUGUAUACUCUGUAUUUUUCCGAAAACAAUGGGGGGGGGGUCAAAAGAUGCUCAGAUAUUUCUACCUUUUAUAUUGAUUAGUCCGUUCGUGGUUUCUCUCUAUAUAAAUGGAUACCUUGGAUAUUGGUUUGCUGAAUAUAGUUGUAUCUUCUGUUUAGGUCCAUAUUGGAUGUAAGUAAGUACUUGGGAAAUCAAUUCAUUCUCUUCAAGGGCACACUUGAGAGGGUUUUUCUAGUAUCAUAUAAUCAUAUUAUUUGUUUCCAAAAUGCCAACUGUAAGGUCUUCAUAAACUAACAUGCUACAGAGAGAGGGUAUUGUGUAUUUUAUUUUGAGCAAUGACCAUGUAACAAACAUGUAGUUAAUUUUGUGUUUUGAUGACAUUUGCUUAGGGUGGGUUACUGUCACUUUGGUCAAAUGCUGUUUUUUUAUAAAAAAAAUUGUGUACAGUCUCCUAACAGAUUUGCCAACAUGACAUGCAUGAAUAAUGUCACUCAAAAAAUGUACUGUUGGGGGGGGGGGGGGGGGGAUGCAUAAUAACUUCAAUCACUAAACAUUCACUUUGAACCCUUUCAGAGCUCUGCAUGAUAUGAUCUGGGUCAAUAACUGAAUCAGCCAUAAUGCAAUGCAUCAUUUUGGUGUCUAAUUGAUCAAUGGGAAGACUACACAAUUUUUUCCUUUCCAUCAUUUUGGUGUCUAAUUGAACAAUGGGAAGAGUACACGAUUUUGUCCUUACCAUAAUUCCUACAUUGAAAACUAACUUAUGAUAUAUAUAUAUAUAUAUAUAUAUAUAUAUAUAUAUAUAUAUAUAUAUUGUCACCCAGCCACGCUCCUUUUUUUUGUAUUUGUGCCACCUCAUAAAGUUUCUCAUCGCUAUUUUAGUGACUCAUCAAAAUCAUUCUAUCUUUAAAUUGCUUUAGCAAAUUAAUUCUCUGUUGCAAUAAUUUUUUUUGGCCUGACAGUUUUGGAAUUGGAAGAUAAUUUGUAGCAGUAUUUACCAGCUGUGAAUGACUAUGUGCGAGUACAUUGAACAAUAGUAAGUGAGUGGUUGUUCUGAAGGAACUUAUGUGUGUGUAGAUCAUCUCCCCCCUCCCCUUUGUACCAUAGAGUUCUCAAAGGAAAUGUAUUGCAAUGUGAAUGUGAUUAAAAAUGAACAAAUCCACUGUACUCUUAA